CUCAAAGGGAGAUGGGUUGGGAGAAUUGUCUAGUUGCUUGGCAUGGCGCUUACACUCGAGGGGAUUAGGCCGAGCCCACUAUUAUACUUGAGGUUGUUGCAUCACAAGAUCUGUGGAUCUGGCACGCCUUCAUCGGAGUUGCUGGCUCAAAUAACGACAUCAACAUUCUCAACCAAUCCAAGUUGUUCAACGACGUCCUAUCAGGCAAUGAAUCAGCGGCGCACUUCAUCGCCAACAAUUCUCAUACAAAGCUGAUGUCUAUAGCUUUGGGAUGUUGCUGAUGGAAAUGGUGGGCUUAAAGAGAUACUCGAUUGGAAACAAUGGUGAUUCUUCUAGCAAGUAUUUUCCAUAUUGGAUAUACGACCACUUUAAUCAAGGCAAGGACAUUGAAAUGGGAAAUGUUGAUGAAAAUGAGAUCACGAGGAAAGUUGUUCGAAAGAUGACAAUAGUUGCAUUAUGGUGCAUACAGAUGAGGCCACAUGAUCGUCCAUCAAUGAAUAAAGUGUUGGAAAUGUUGGAAGGAGAUGUUGAGAGUUUGCAUAUUCCUGAGUACCCGUCUCAGUCUGCUCAGAUUGUAGUAAAUGUGGAUCACACAGGAACUACAUAUUCGACUGAUUCGGUAUCAUUGCUACAUCAUAAUGAUGCUUCGCCCAGUGUCGAGAUCACUAUGCAAGAGUGAUCAAGUUUGCAGAAGCAGUCAUGGACAUAUAUAUCAAAGCUGGAAUGCGUUGCAAUUCACUUGCUGCAAAUGACAUAUGAGAUAUGUAUAAAAACAUUUGUUCUAGUAGUUGGGAAGACAGAAAACAAGUAAUUAAGCCAAUUCAUAGGUAACAAUGUUAUGAAUAUGUGUCUCCAUAGUUUCUUUAUUCUCAUCUUUUCUUAUGAAGCAUGACAACAUGUGGUGCACUUCCUCAGCAUUCAUCUUCAUUUACCCUGCGCUGAAGAGGCGACCAAAGAUUUUUUUUCCAUAAAUCCAUAUCCCCUUUAAUUUCUAUCAAUCUAGA